CGCGCGCGCGGCCGACUACUGUCAUCGGCUAGCAGCUUUAAUUUCAUUGCUUUAUUUAAAAAAAAGUAAGACAAAGAAAAAAGUUUUCGCGCGUGAAUUGCGAAGCCAGAAAAAAAGAAAAAAGUUUUUACUCUUCGAUAAGUUUUUAUUUAAAAAAUUGCUGGCUGGCUGCACUGUGCGUGAAAAAUAAAAUCAAAUUGGCGGGAAUGGCCAUAGUUUUUGAUUAUCUGUGAUCUAUUAUAGUGCUAGUGUUGUUGCAACAAAAUCGGAGUAAAAUGUGUUGUGCAAUUUAGUUUAUUACCAGGAGCGCAGAUUUGAAAGGCGAUUGUGUGGGUCCUAGGGAAUAGGGCUCAGCUAGUUAUUUAGACACUAAGCUAGUGCUGACCUGUGGACUAGUUUACGAAUUGGAUUUAUCAUAAAACAAGAUGGUGCUAUCAGACUGGUUCAAGGAGAUCGCGUACAAGGCAGAGCUGGACCGCCAUGACGACCCUGAAGGACAGGAGGUGGCCUACGCCCUUUGCGGGGAGAGGCCGGAGACCAUUGCCAGGAAUAUUGAGGACCUCAGGAAUAUGAUCUAUGCAAGAGGAGAAUGCCAGCCACCGCGCAUGGACGACGCAUUUCUGCUGCGAUUCUUGCGCGCGCGACGCUCUGUGCCCGCGCGGGCGCACAGACUGCUGGUCCGCUACUGCACCUUCCGGGAACAGCAUCCGCACUUAUGGCGCGAGGUGGACUGGUUCAGCCUGACGAGACUGGGCUGCGUCUACGAGGGAGUGCUCUUUGACAGACCUGAUGUUGGCAGGCUCAUCAUCUGCAGGCUAGGCCGAUGGGACCCCGACAAGGUCCCAGUAGACGACCUAAUCCGCGGCUGCUUACUACUGCUGGAAGUAGGCAUCAUGCAGCCGAAGCUGCAAGUGCUGGGAGGAACGGCGUUGAUCGACUGCGAGGGCAUCACCAUGAAACACUUCAGACAACUCUCGCCCGCCAUCGCUCUGCAGGCCAUGAACGUUAUGGGCUUCGCGUUCCCGCUUCACCAGCGCGGGGUGCACGUCAUCAACUGUUCGCGCAUCUUCGAGACGCUGUUCCACGUCUUCCGUCGGUUCGCGCCGGCUGAUGACCUGUGGAAACGCGUCCACUUCCACGGGUACGACUUGAGCUCGCUGCAGAGACACAUCGCCCCCGAGUGCCUGCCCAAGAGGUACGGAGGACACCGAGACGAAGUAUCGCUGGAGCAGUGGCUGACGAAGAUCAGGAAGUACAAGAACAAGGAGUUCGACAGCGACAUGAGGAGCCUCGGAUAUUACGCUGAUUAGGAACUACUUCAGUAAACCGUGCUACUAAUAUCAUAAAUGACGAUAUGUAAAGUUUGUGUGGAUGACGAACUACACUAUGCGCCACUGGCGCAGUUACACUAUGCGCGGAAUUGAUCGAACUGAAGCGAGAAACCGCACAGAAGAAUGGGCGAUUCGAUCAAUUUCGCGCAUAGUGAAACUGCGUCAUAGCCCAAUCGGAAGGCUAACUGCCAAACAGCUCCACGAGACUAAUCUAACCUAGUAAGGAUGGAUGGAUGAAUGUUGAUUUCUUAAGCCCAGAACAGACGAUGAAACGCAACUGCAACGAAACUGCAACUGCUACUUGCUUUUGAGUUGCAUCUAAGUUUCUGCCAUAGCGUCCGUUGAGAGACCACACAUGACGCGACCAGUUUGAAACUUUCACUUUCAGUUUGAUUCAUCAGAAUCUUCAGAAAGUUGCAGUAUCGUUGCAGUUGCGUUUCACCAUCUGUUCUGGGCCUUACUCUUUCCGGAUUUCGAUGAAACGUUAAAGUAAUGU